AUGGGGCCGCUCGCUGCAAAGUCCAUGACGAAGAUGGGCUUGACGCCAUUAGAAGGUCUUCCCGGUGGGCUUCAAAGCGCUCACCGGAACGACAGAUUUCUCAGAAAUUCUGGCGACGAAUCCGCCAACAGCAGAGCCAACUCUUGCCGUCGAACUGUUUCUCGACAGGAUUCUGGGAUUCUUCGGGUCAUAUUGGUUAAAGUUAAGGGACGCGAGAGAGGGGUCGACGCUGUAGUUUUUGCUGGCGGUAUCGGAGAAGGCAGUCCGAGGUUUCGAAAGAUGAUUAUGAAGCGAUUGGAUGACUUGAACGGUAGCUCUGAUGGUGUGGACGAUGAAAAGAAUCAUGGGGGCGAAAGUCGCGAGGUUCCUAUUCGAUCGGUGAUGGAUUCGGAAAAGUUCGGCUCAUGGUCUGCAAAACAAACGAGGAGCUUGAGAUGGCAGAAGGAUUUCUUGAAGAUAAUAGUCUCUGGUAAGAGACAACCCGAGCCGUCUACUGAUGAUUGCGGUGUCGAGGCUUGUUGA